AUGCCUCCAAAGAGAAACAUAAGAAAUAAGGAUGAUGAUGAAGACGAAAGUGUUAGGGCUAAUGCUAACAACAACGAGAGAAAAAACACAAAGUCGGGGAAUAAGAAAAAUAGAGAUGCCGAGGAUGAAAGUAUUAAAGCUGAUACUAAUAACAAUGAGAAAAGAAACACAAAGUCAGGGAAUAAGAAAAAUAAGGGGAAAGCUGCUAACCAUGUUCCUUCGGAUUCUGAAGAGGAUAAAGUAAUUCCAGACGACUCUAUUGCGAAGAAAAAGGAAAAAAAGAAGAAAGGGAAAGAACAAUUAGUCAGUGAUAUAGUUGAAAAGCAAAGGGACACACAAAUGCGAAUGGAAAGUCAUAAGUCUAGUAAUGAAUCUCUCAAAUCAGAUGAAGUUGAUGACGAAUUUUACAAAAAGAAAAGAAAAGCGGGACGUAAUACUGUUAAACGCGCAGAUUCUGAAGACGAAGGGGAUGCAAAUAAGACAUCAAAUAAAAAACAGGGGAAAAAGAAAGGUAAAUUAAAUGGGAUUGAUGCAGAACAGAUGGGUCAAAAUGCUGAUAUCCAACAAAAAACAGAAGUUUGUGAUUCCAAAAUGAAUUCAAAUCGUGAAACCCCACAAAUGGAUUAUGAACUUGAUGAGAAGUCUACAAAACCUGAAGAGAUUGAUGACGACUUCUAUACAAAGAAAAGAAAGGUCGGUCGUGGAAAACAAAAACAAAAACCAGAACAUGAAGAACUAUCUAAUCAAAAUGCAACUGGUAAGAAAAAGAAGCAGAAACCCGGAAAAAAGAAACAUGACGAUGGAUUCGAUAGUGAACAAGAAGACCUUGAUGGUUUGGCCAAAGCUAUGACAGUUGUUUCUUUAGAUAGUGAAAUAGAUUAUCUUAAUCCUCAAAUCACUAAGUUUGAUGGGUUUUCAGCAAUUUCUCUUGAUCAUCAUACCACAGUAAACAGUCCAGAGACAACCGAUAAUGUCCAUAUUAUAUCUGAUGACCCCUUAGAUAGUAAACCCCAGAUUGACGUUACAGAAUCAGAGCCACCUACUGAUAAUGAUAUUAAUUCACUGACAAACAAGUGUUCGACUACUGAUAUAGAAUUGGAGGAUGAUACCUCUUCUAAACCAACUUUAAUUGAAGAAAGCGUCACGGAAAUUGAUGCUAAUGCCGUAAAACCAAAGAUAUCAAAGAAGGAGCUGAAGAAGCUUAAAAAGAAAGAGGAGUUUGAAAAACUUGUUGAAAAUGCAAAAGCUAAAAUUAUCGCAUCUUCUGGAACACUCGAUAACUUUGCACUUUCGCAAGCUUCUGGUAAUACAAAAUCUGAACAACAGGACAAUCAGCUUGAUAUACGAGUUGAAAAUUUCUCGAUUGCCGCUAAAGGAAAGGAUUUAUUUGUAAAUGCAUCCCUUCAAAUUACCCAUGGCCGUCGUUAUGGGUUAGUGGGGCCUAAUGGCUAUGGGAAAACUACAUUACUUCGCCACAUUGCUACCCGAGCGAUCAAUAUCCCUGCAAAUAUCGAUGUGCUUCUUUGUGAACAAGAAGUUGUAGCUGACUCUACACCCGCAUUUGAAAUGGUUCUCAGAUCGGAUAAAAGACGAUUAGAAUUAUUAGAAGAAUGUGAAAAGCUGAAAUCUCUCUUAGAAACAGAUCAAAGUCCAUCUGUAGUUGACAAGUUUAAUGAGGUUUAUGAAGAACUUGUUGCGAUUAAAGCUGAUGCAGCAGAAGGCAAAGCUAGACGUAUAUUAUCUGGUCUAGGUUUCACGAAAAAUAUGAUGGACAGACCUACUAAAGAUUUAUCGGGAGGUUGGAGAAUGCGUGUCAGUCUGGCUAGAGCUUUAUUUUUGGAACCAACACUUUUACUACUAGACGAACCGACAAAUCAUUUAGAUUUGAAUGCAGUUAUAUGGUUAGAUAAUUAUCUUCAAAGUUGGAAGAAAACUCUCCUGAUUGUUUCACAUGACCAAUCAUUCUUAGAUAAUGUUUGUACAGAUAUCAUCCAUUUAGACCAACGUCAGUUAUUCUAUUAUAGAGGCAAUUAUAUUAACUUUAAAAGUAUGUUUAUCCAACGUAGAAAAGAACAGUUGAAGGAAUAUGAAAAACAAGAAAAACGUCUUAAAGAAUUAAAACAAUCUGGAAUGAGUAAUAAACAAGCUCAAGCAAAAAAUCAGCGUGAUGCAUUAACAAGAAAACAGGCGAAAAAUAAGCAAACUUCUAAUGAACUUAAUGAUAAUGGAAAACCACAGUUAUUAUCUAAACCAAAGGAGUAUGUUGUUAAGUUCACGUUUCCAAAUCCAACUCCCAUUUCUCCUCCUAUACUCGGUUUAUACAAUGUUACUUUUGCUUAUCCAAAUCAAAAACCGUUGUUUAAAGAAUUGAACUUUGGUAUAGAUAUGACUUCUAGAAUUUCAAUUGUUGGUCCCAAUGGUGUUGGAAAAUCAACAUUUUUAAAACUACUUACGGGUGAAGUACAACCGACUGAUGGAGAACGUCGGUUAAAUCAUCGUGUUAAAAUUGGCAAGUACGAUCAACACUCUGCAGAUCAAUUAAAUUUGAGUGAAACACCAACUGAAUAUUUACAACGCCUUUUCAAUCUAAAUUAUCAAGAUGCUCGUGCAACAUUGGGUAAAUUUGGUUUAGAAGCUCAUGCACAUACUAUUCCUAAUGCUGACCUGUCAGGUGGACAACGUGCUCGCGUUGCUUUUGCUGAAUUAUCACGUCGGGCUCCAGAUAUUUUAAUAUUAGAUGAACCUACAAAUAACUUAGAUAUUGAAUCAAUUGAUGCAUUAGCUGAUGCUAUCAAUGAAUUUGAAGGAGGUGUUAUUGUUGUCAGUCAUGAUGAACGUUUAAUUCGAGAUACAAAUUGUAUUUUAUGGGUUAUAGAAGAUCUUGGAAUUAAUGAAAUAGAUGGUGAUUUUGAUGAUUAUCGUCGUGAAAUUUUAGAUUCUCUUGGUGAAGAAAUAUCUAAUCCAAGUAAAGUGGCUGCAGUUGCUGGAUGUUUAUCUUAA